CUCGAGGAGGGGGCGGGCCGGGGGCGGUGGCCCGGCCGGGCGCGCGCAGCCCCUGCGGUUCGGGCGUGUGUAGCGCGCCGUCAGGCAGUCCCGCGGAGAAGCUGGAGGCUUCGGGAUGUCGAGGCUGCCCGCAGUCCCAGAGAAGGGCUGCCCCGGGCCGAGCGAGCUGGACUCUCGGCGCGCAGGCUUCGUGCUGGGGCUGGACGUGGGCAGCUCCGUGAUCCGCUGCCACGUCUAUGACCACGCGGCGCUGGUCCGCGGCUCCAGCGCGCAGAAGGUAGAAAGUCUUUAUCCUCAAAAUGGCUGGGUUGAAAUUGAUCCUGAUGUUCUCUGGUGCCAGUUUGUUACUGUAAUAAAAGAUUCUGUCCAAGCUGCAGGAGUAGAGAUGAAUCAAAUCGUUGGUCUUGGCAUUUCAACACAGCGGGCAACCUUUAUUACAUGGAACAAGAGGAGUACCAUGAGUGAUGGGGUUUUUGUGUGUGCUGUUCUUGCCAAGUCCUUCACGCUGAUAACAGAACAGAGGCUGGCACAUAGUAGGAAAACGGGAAAUCAUUUUCACAACUUCAUUAGUUGGCAAGACUUAAGAGCUAUUGACCUUGUAAAAUCUUGGAAUAGUUCUCUUAUAAUGAAGCUGAUCCACAGUUCCUGCCGAGUGCUUCACUUUGUCACUAGAAGUCAACGAUUCUUAGCAGCCAGUUUGUUCACUUUCUCUCCCCAGCAUGUUUCUUUGAGAUUAGCCUGGAUUUUUCAGAACCUGAUUGAGGUGCAAAAGGCGAUUGAAGAGGAUAAUUGCUGUUUUGGAACUGUUGACACCUGGUUGUUACAUAAGCUCACAAAAGGUUCUGAAUUUGCAACAGAUUUUUCAAAUGCCAGUACAACUGGACUUUUUGACCCAUAUGAGAUGUGUUGGAGUGGGCUCAUUACCUCCCUACUUUCAAUACCACUUUCUCUCCUGCCUCCUGUGAGGGAUACAAGCCACAAUUUUGGAUCAGUGGAUGAAGAGAUAUUUGGUGUGCCUAUACCAAUAGUGGCCUUGGUGGCGGACCAGCAGUCAGCCAUGUUUGGGGAGUGCUGUUUCCAGGCAGGGGACGUGAAACUAACCAUGGGAACCGGCACAUUUUUGGAUAUUAAUACUGGAAGUAGCCCGCAACAGACUCUUGGAGGCUUUUAUCCACUAAUUGGAUGGAAGAUUGGGCAAGAAGUCAUUUGCUUAGCUGAAGGCAAUGCAGGAGAUACUGGUACUGCCAUAAAAUGGGCUCAGCAAUUAGAUCUUUGCACAGAUGCUGCCGAGACUGAAAAAAUGGCCAAAAGUUUAGAAGAUUCUGAAGGAGUUUAUUUUGUUCCAUCAUUUAGUGGAUUGCAGGCUCCAUUAAAUGACCCCUGUGCAUGUGCCUCUUUUAUGGGCUUGAAGCCUUCCACCAGUAAAUACCAUCUUGUACGAGCAAUAUUGGAGUCGAUAGCUUUCAGAAACAAACAGUUAUAUGAGUUGAUGCAGAAAGAGAUCCAUAUUCCAAUAACAAAAAUCCGGGCAGAUGGAGGAGUUUGUAAGAACAAUUUUGUCAUGCAGAUGACAUCAGACCUGAUUAAUGAGACUAUCGAGAGACCCGUGCACACUGACAUGUCCUGCCUGGGUGCAGCUUCGCUAGCCGGCCUUGCCGUUGGGUUCUGGACUGAUAAGGAGGAACUAAAGAAACUGAGGCAAAGUGAAAUGAUUUUCAAGCCACAGAAGAAAUGGCAGGAAUAUGAAAUGAAUAUGGAAAACUGGGUCAAAGCCGUGAAACGCUCCAUGAAUUGGUAUAACAAGACGUAGCACUCACUGGAUGACUGAAACCACAGAUGACUGGUUGAUAUGACAGGCACAGGAGAUAAAGCUCAGGGAUAAUCAAUACAACGAUGAUGAGAAGAGAAGAUUUAAAAUGAGCUUUGCCCAAGCAAAACAAAACAAAAAAACCCUCAUUAUUUUUUUCAUCCAAACCUUGGUAACAUUGUAAGGCAACAAUACCUCAAAAUUUUAUAUCUUCUGUUUUGUAGCAAAUUCCAAAGGAUUUUAGCCAUUUCCAAUGAUAUUUUGACAGUCGUGGGUCCUCUGCCUUUUUAUACAGGGUCAGUGGUACAUAUGAACAUGAUUGUUUGCUAUCUGAGUUAGUAGUUCUGGGUCAAGCACCAUUCAUGCUGUGUUCCAGAAUCAUGUGAAAAGUGCUCCCAUAAUUCUUUAAAAUUAAGUGGGCUCUUCAAAGUACAUAUAGCUAAAAAGUAAGAAAAAGAAAUGUCAAUUUUUGAAGCAAAUAUUUUAUAUUUAAAACUAUAAUUGCUUGAUGUGCUAUCCUAAUAUGAGCUCUCUGUGGCCCUCUCAGGCUUAUUUGUUGGUAACUUCUUUCUUUUAUUGGGCUUAAAAACACUGCCUUAAUUUUUCCUUGUUUAACCAAAAGCGAAGCAUUGUUUAUGAAUUGGAAAGCACUGAAGAAAUCAUUUUAGUUAAUGAAACUAAAAGGGGUAUUGAUUCAGGAGGAACAAGAAAAUACUGUAGUUUCCUUCUCAAACCUCAUUUCUUAGAAAACUUCUGCUGAAGUAUAGCAUCCUAUUUUUUACAAAAUGCAAAAGAUGUAUAAAUCUUGCCUUUCUUCUUGUGAUCUUUAUCUUUCUUAGUUACUAGAUGCUUUCAUAAGUGUCCUUUGUUUUUAUUAAGUGCCUCAUUGACAGAGCUUAAUUUCAAGAAAGUGUCCUGAUUUAUUGGUGAUUGAAGAAUUGCCUUCAUUGGGGUAUUUAACUUGUCCGGGUAUCUUUUUUUUGUUGUUCAUUCUGCUGAUCUCUGAGACAUGUGCUGUGGGUAGACGUAAUAAGGGUGUAUUCGUGCUAAUUCACUGCCCUAUGGCCACUGAGCCAGGGCUCCACAGAGACGAGCAGCACCAGGUCUACAUUCUCUAACUUUCUUGAUAGAAACCAUGUAGAGGAGGAGUGAGAGUUGUGAGUAGCUUCAGGCCAAGUGUAAAAUUGUCCUAAGGCAGUUGACUACCUUCCAGCCUGUUCUGUUAUUGCCCCUCCCUACAUGUGGGUUAGGUUUGUUUCAGAUUAGUAGCAAUAAUGAAUUUAUUUCUCUCUUGGUUAGGCUUUAUCACAUGAAAUCCUACUGUUACCAGAGCUAGGUGUAAAUAAUAAUGUAAUUAAAGAAGUGACUGUUAAUGGGAAUUUUGUGGCUGCUGUUAGAUAUGUCCGUUUCAAGAGAGUUAGACACAUAGAACUAAGGAUCAAAUUGCAUUUCUGCAAAUUCCAUUUCAGUGAACUUUGUCAUCUUAAAUUAUUAAAAAUUUUUGAUGGAGUCAUUAGAACAAAUAGAGUAUCAGUAACUCCAUUAAUUAAGAGUUGGAAAUGUUUUUAAGUAGAGGUGUUUUGUUUACUGUAAGUCAGAUCCCAUUAUGUAGAUAGAAUCUUACUCUUUUUUUCUUUUCUUCUGUCCUUUUUAUGAAGCUUAGUGGCCAAUUAAGGGCUUUCUUACCAAAAUUAUUUGAAAGCUGCAUAUUAUUUCUUACAGAUUCUGCUUCUCAGCAGGUCUGAUUUCAUAGAAAAUAAAGUCACUUUCUGUUAGGAUAUACUGAAUUAUAAUAUGUUAGCUUAGGAAAUGGUUGCUAGCAAAAAGAGGUUGGUAGUAUCUUAGAGUUUCAACUUCGCUGGUUAAUGAGGUAAAAGAGAAUCUCAUGAUAACAUUAAAUUUUCUCCUGUUUUUAUCUACCAUCCAUGUCCCUAUGAUUGCAUCCUCUGUGGUCUUAAUGAGUGGGUUCAUGACUUCAGUGUAGGGUUAAUGUCUGCAGGUCAUCUUUGAUUUGAUCUUCCUUUUCAUCUCUUAACAAAAGAGAUGAUCACUCUCUUUUAUCUGCCUCUGGGCAAGACUUCACUAAACUGGAAGUUCCCUGAACACAGAAACCACAUCUACUUCCACAGAACUGAACUUGGUGCCUUCAUUAUCUGUGGGAUGAAAUUUUUACUUUAUAAGUGCAACUCUUUUUGCAUAUGUGUUUUAUUCUUAAUGUUACAUACAUUUGUUGAUAGGGAACAGUUUUUAUUACAAGUAAAAUAUGUUUUAUUGGAUUAAGAAGGGCUACUUUGUUUUGAGAGCUAGAAUCCUUAUAAUGCUUAAUUUAAAAAUUAUUUAUAUGUUUAUAUAUGUGCAUAUAUAUUUGUGUAGGGAUAGGCAUUCAUAAAUACAUAGUUAUAUUAACUUUCUAAGGUACAAUUAAAGCCUUUCUCUUCACUGGCUGUGACUAUGGAUGACUAACAGAUUGAAUCUUAAGAACACUGGUGUUAGAGGGAAGAAACUUCAGAAUUAGCCCCUUCUGCAAGGCACUAGUACUGGGGACCAAUCUUUAAUUAAAGAUCUAGCGGAGAAGUUUGGCAAGAAUUUUUUAAUUCUUUGAGGGGAGACAUAGCUGGACACUGGAGUUGUUCAAU